AUGUGCUUACCUCUCAAAUUUAUAUAAUUGUUUAUCAGAAUAAAUUGCUUUUGCUUGAUUAUUUUGGGGAUUAUAAUGAUCUCUUAAGUAUUUAUGACUUUGAAUGAAAGUCUAAGCAAUGAUGGUGAUGUAAUCAUUAAACAAAUUAAUAUUAGGGAAUUGUUUUUACAUUUUCAGUUGGACUUGCAGUUAUUAUAAUUGGAGCAUCUGGAUUACUUAGUUCAUAUUGUCCUAACUUCUCUAUCAUUUUUAUUUAUUCUUGCUUUGUUAUUUUUAUUGGAGUUUUGGCAGUUUAUAUUACAAUUACAUUGACUGUUUUAAAAAAUUAGUUAUUAAGUAAUAAAUUUGAUUGUAAAACAUCUUAAUUACCUGCUGCUUAAAAAACAAAAGAAUAAAUUUUAUGGGCAGAAACAUAAUUUUGCAAAUAUGACUGUAUUUGUUAUAUUGAGAAAAUCUAAGAUUGGAAUCCUGAUUAUUUAGAAAACAAUCGUAUUUAAUACACAACAAAUAAAGAUAUUAGUGAUAUAAUAUAAUACUAAAAAUGCAAAAAGUGGAUUAAAAUUGAUGGGGCAUCAAAUACAUACAUUGCAUCUUUAGAAGAAAAAUAUAAUUGUUCAGGUUGGUGUAAAUCUCAUCCAGUCUACCUUUUUUCAAACAUUAAUAAUGGAAUCCCGUAUUUAAAUAUUUAAUAUAAGAAAAGAUGCUUGCUAUCCAUAUUUUGAAUAAGAAUACGAAUAUUAUGUGAACAAAUCCUAUCUAGAUUAUUUGAUUGUAGAUUUCCUCUAUCUUUUUAAUUUAUGUUUUGCCAUUUGCUAGUGCUAUUAAACAAGCAGAAAUAAAAAGUCUAGAAUCUAUCCACAGAUAUUUUAUGAACUUGCCUUAUAAUGA